UUGAGUCACACUGUUUGUCUUUAGCCAUGUUAUUGUUUUCAUACCACAAAUCUUCCACGGAAGGAUUAAUAUUUGCCCUUUAUUAUCCUAGAAUGCAUCCAUCACAUCAAUGCCUUAAGUGAUCUGUGCUGUCAGCAUGAAUGACAUGAACCUCAGCCCAGUGGGCAUGGACCAGCUCAGUGUGCCGCCUGUGAUUGCAAGUCACCUCGGCCUCCCCACAUCCCCAACACACAAUCCCAUCACCACUCCAGGCAUGCCAGUCGCUAUACCCAGCUUGGGUCCAUCACUUGGGCCUCUUCCUUCUGCACUGUCCCUGAUGUUACCCAUGGGACCUUUAGGGGACAGAGGUGUUAUGUGUGGCCUUCCAGAGAGAAAUUAUACAUUACCACCUCCUCCAUACCCACACCUGGAGAGCAGCUACUUCCGACAUAUCCUUCCAGGUAUUCUGUCAUAUCUGGCAGAUCGUCCUCCUCCCCAGUACAUUCAUCCCAGCAGCCUUAACAUGGAUGGGACUCUUUCCGUGUCCAACAACAACCCAUCUGGCUUAGACCUGUACAGCGGCCACGGCGGCCCUCUAGAACAAGGCCUGGUGACUCUAGACACAAGACAGGUAGGAGGCCAGGCUGAUCUCCACCAAGGAGGCUCUCACGAAGUGCAGCUGGACGCCACCGGGUUAACCAUGGAGUCACGUGUAAGUAGUCCGAUGUCUCCUGAUGGAAUGGAAGAAGACUUGGCCACCAUGGAGGGUGUCGUGGUGGCAGAGACCCAGCAGCAGCUAGGUACCAGACCUCAGCCUCAUGAUGGUUUGGCAGGUGUGGACUCCUCAGGAGGUGUUAUGCCCCUGCAUGGAGCAGGUCUCGAGCUCCCGGUGGUGAUGGAGCAAGAGCACAUGGGCGGCAGAGUAGGAACCAGCACUACAGGAGCAGGCGGUCCAGGGACGCUGAGUGAAGCCUUGCACUCCACUGGAGAACUGAACUCUGGGGUGGUUAGUGUGGUGCUCACGGGGGCCAUGAUGCCACAGGCUCAACUAGAACCAGUAUCUCUACAUGGACCUUCAGGAAUGGGACUUGAGCCUGUUAACGUGUCAGCCAUCACUGCAGAAGUGUCUCUUGGACCGGACAACAGUCUGGUGCUGGUGAACUCUAACUUGCAACUAGAAGACUCAACAUCUAACAAGGAAAACAUGGCCACUGCCUUCAACAUAUGGUGCACUUUAUGUGAACGGUCAUAUCCGUCGGACUGCCCUGAGCAUGGACCUGUCACAUUCAUCCCAGACACACCCAUUCAGAGCAGAGCCCGCCUCUCUCUGCCCCGCCCCCUGUGCCUCCGCAUUUCUGUAGCUGAUGAACCCAUUGGUGUGUUUGCUAGAGAGACCAUACCCUCCAGGACCUGCUUUGGGCCGCUGGUCGGACAGCACUGUAGCAGUGUAGAACUUACAGACUGGUCUGAUAAGGAUACUCCUCAAAUAUGGAAGUGCAACUGGAUGAUGUUUGUACGGAAAGCAAGGACUACAGAGGAGCAGAAUCUUGUGGCAUAUAUUGACAACAGGAAGCUGUAUUUCUGCACAUCCAGAGAGAUUCUGCCAGAUCAGGAGCUGUUGUUCUAUUACAGCAGGGACUACAGCAGACAGAUAGGUGUGCCUAGAGUGCCAGAGGGCCAGAUAUGUCAUUGUGGAAAAGAGUGUGCCUCCUUCACAGAGUUGAAAUCUCACCUCAGCAGCCAUGCCCAGAGCCACAGCCCCACCCAAGACCACCCUGCUCACGCUACACACAACCAAUCCCAGUCGCAGGAGAAGGUGACCAAUGAGCCGUCCCGGUCUGCUUCCUCCCCACAGUGGCAGUGCCACUCCGAUGUGCAUGAACAUUCCAGCAGCAGUAGCAGCAACGGACACGGUCGCGAGAGGAAGUUUAAAUGCAGCAUGUGCACACGAGCGUUCACUACGUCCACUAAGCUAAAUGUGCAUUUCAUGGGGCACAUGGGCAUGAGACCACACAAGUGCAGCUACUGCAGCAAAGCCUUCAGUGAUCCCAGCAAUCUCCGAAAACACCUGAGAAUCCACACAGGUCAGAAGAACUUCAGGUGUACAGUAUGUGGGAAGUCUUUUACUCAGAAAGCACAUGUGGAAUCUCAUAUGGUUAUACACACUGGUGCCAAGAACAUUAAAUGUGACCAUUGUGACAAGAUGUUUGUGAGGAAACAAGAUCUCAAACAGCACAUGUAUUCACAUUCACUAGACCGCCAGAUAACUUGUCCAAAGUGUGACAAACAAUUCUUAAAGACCGACCAUCUCAAAAAACACUUGAACUCUCACGACGGGAAACGGGACUUCAUCUGUGAAAAGUGCAACAAGGGCUUUCUCACUAAAUACCACCUCACACGCCACCUCAAAAUCUGUAAGGGUCCUAAGAUCGGUCGAGGGGCAGCGCAGGGUGAGGAAGGGGACGAGGAGGAAGACGAGGAGGAAGAGGAUGAGGAAGAAGAGAGGGAAGCUGAAGGACAGAUCAAUCCAGCCAGCGAGGAGGACUGUGGAAUGGGCAUGAGAGGAUAUACUUCAGAAAAAACGAUGUAACUUCACUCUUAAAUGUAAAAGGAUGAAGUUAAACCUUGUCUAGCCUAUUUAUUUGUCCUUUUUUUGUGUGUUCUUGUUCUGCCCAUCAGCCUUUAAUUCCUGUUGCCAAAACGUGUGUAUCCCUAUAAAUCAAAGGGCCAACAGAAAUGUAAUUAGAUUUAAAUUAUGCAUUACGUAUUUUCAAGUCAAGUGUCACUGUUAAAUUUAUAAAUGAUUGGUCAAAAGCGAACAGAAGACAUUGCCUUUUAUUUUUGUGCUGCUUCUUUCUGUUUAACCUGUUUGUUCAGUUAAUUCGUUCACAGCAGCCAUGCCUAUUCUGUACUUAUAUUGUAAAUAAAUGAAUGUUACAUUUUACUAUAAAUAAUUAUACGUCAUAGCUGUAUGGCGUUAUUUUAAUGACAAAUGUCGAGAGCACAUUAUUGUAGCGCGAAAGCACAUUAAUAUAAUGGAGACCAAAUAUAAUAAC